UGUCUUCCUCUUACGUUAGGCCUGUCUACACCACGCUCGAUGAAUUGGUCAACCAUGCUUAUUGGUUGUCUAACAGAUAGCUUUUGUGGAUUUACUCAUCUUUCCGAAGUUCCCCAACUAAUUGGCAUACUCAUGUAACAAAUGAAAAUACAACUUUAGACGUAACAGCCAACUUUAGGGCAUAAAAAGAGGGAAAGAGAGUGAGACAACCCAGUCGCUUUGUUCAACAUAAAUUCAAAUUUAAAACGGAUUUCUUAGAACAAAUUAUGUCGGAGAAAGUUCUAAACGUUUUAUCACUGUAAGUGCACCUCUUAAGAAAAACCAAGACAAAAUCGUCAUUGUGAUGCAGCAGUCGACGCAACUUUUUUGCGACAACGUGCCUUAUAUUUAAGCGACUAAUAACAUUGUUAAAUAUCAUUGGUUAGUUACCUGUGCUACAAUUGAAAUUAUGAGUGCAAAUAAACAUGAGGAUACUUUGGAAGGAAUAUUUGAUAAACAGCAUAAGAAAUUGCAUCAACUCAAUGUGGCUACAUCAUUGAUAAAAGCUAAACAAAGUGUAAAAGAUGAACUUCAGGAAUUGUACAAUGAAGUACAAAAAAUCUCAUAUAGCAUUGAAGGUAUGCGAAAGGAUUUGGGAAAAAUGAAGGAGCAAAAUGUUCGCCUUAGAGGGUUAACAUCGUUAACUGAUACGUUGAACAAAAAAAUUAUACACCAAGAAAAAAAUAUCCCGCCAGAAUUGAUACAAGGUUAUCUAAAUGCAGAAAAGAAGAAGACAUACGCUCAAAACAAUUUUUCUCCCGAUAUGUUGGACUGCACCAUAAAUUCAACCCAUAAAUUGACGGGGAAAAAAACACCUCGAAUCGGUUGUAUCGAAAAACAAGAAAUGAUGAAUUGUAAGAGGACACUUUUCAAUGAGCCAGAAAUAUGUCUAACGGUGUUACCUAUCACUGUUGAAGAAUUUAAUAAAGUACCCAAAUACAUGAUUGGAAGACAAUCCUUGGAGACGAUCAAUAGCUUGGUAAAUGCUAUAAAUCAAACCUUAAUGGCAAAAUAUGCGAUUUUAUCAUUGGGAAAGGCUGCCGCUCAGAAAAAGGGUGAAAUUAAUCUGUACCUACACUAUAGAAAACAGGAAUUUGAUGUUCGGGAUGAAAAUGGAUACCUCUAUUUUUUUACAGCUGAAGAUUAUUACAGGCAGACAAAAACUAAACUCGAUAAAACCAAACUGAAUUUGCUAAUUGUACUGCGCCAUUGCAAACGUUUGCGUGAAUGCAGGAUAAAAAAUGACUUGAGAUAUGUUAUAACGCCGCCUUAAUUAAUAUGAUCUUUGCUUCUUUUUUUUUUUUGAUUUUGUACUUUAUUGUUCGAUUAAUCAUUGAGAAUUAAGAAUUUAAUAUGAUUAUAGGAAAGUUACAAUUUACUAACGUUGAUAUUACCAUUGAGACAUAUAUAUAUAUGCAGUAUUUUAUUACGC